AUGACCAACGACGUCGAGACAAACUCUGCGAUCAAGCGCCAACCCUCCACCCCCCAGGCCAUUCGCGAUGCAGAAGAUCUUGCCAACUUUGGCCAUGACCAGAGCCUCACGCGCAAGUUCAACAUGUGGAGCAUGCUUGCACUCGCGUUUUCGGUCCUGGGCACGUGGUCGACCUUUGCGCAGGGUAUCGACAGCGGUUUGACGGCUGGAGGCCCAAUCGCCAUCCUCUGGGGUCUUGUGCUUGUCUUUGCAUGCAACAUCUGCGUCGCCGUGUCGCUGGGUGAAAUGUGCAGUAGCAUGCCCACCGCGAUGGGACAGGCUUAUUGGAUCUCUAGACUAUGGCCCACUCCUGCUGGUAGAUUCACUUCGUAUCUUUGCGCGUGGAUCAACAUGACUGGCUGGAUCACUUUGUCCGCAUCACAGAUUGCCUUUAUGUCUGAGUUUCUGCUCAAGAUGAAGAUUCUCUUCACGCCGAGCUGGACAGGCGCUGACAAGGGCUGGGUCUUGUUUCUAGUCUAUGUUGGUGUCACUGGUGUCAUGACACUGUUCAAUGUGGUGGCGUGUCGCAAGGAUGUUGUCCUUCCCUGGUUCAACAACUUUGUGGGCAUUUCCUUCGCCAGUCUCUUUGUCAUCAUCAGCAUGGCCAUGCUGAUUUCUGUCGGCGUCAAAGAAGAUUUACAAUUUCAGUCUGCAGGUUUCGUGUUCGGAAAAUGGAUUAACCAGACUGGUUGGCCCGAUGGUGUUACCUGGUUUAUUGGUCUUGUGCAAGCAGCCUACGGUCUCACAGCUUUCGACGCAGCCAUUCAUCUUGUCGAAGAAAUCCCCUCACCUCGAACCAACAUCCCAAAGAUCAUCUGGCUCUCGAUUACCAUGGGAGCCAUCACUGGUUUCAUCUUCAUGGUCGUCUGUCUCUUCUGCAUGGUCAACUCUGACAUCUAUCUCAACCCGACCACUGGUCUGGCUUUUAUGGAUCUCCUCAAAGAUACUGUUGGCCUGCAGGGCGGAACGGUGCUUCUGACGCUGUUCAUUGUGAACGGUUUUGGACAAGGCAUUGGAAUCGUCACGACGUCUUCCCGAUUGACCUGGGGUUUUGCUCGAGACGGUGGUCUUCCCUUCAGCGGCUACUUUGCGCGUGUCGACGACUUUUGGAAAGUCCCGGUGCGAGCCUUGUGGCUUCAAGGUGGCAUUAUGGCUCUCAUCGGCAUUUUGUACACCUUUGCCUCAACCGUGCUUGAAGCCAUUCUCAGCGUCAGCACGAUUGCACUUACCAUUUCGUAUGGGAUGCCCAUUCUGACUCUUCUCCUCGUUGGCCGAGACAAACUGCCACCGGGCGAAUUCAGCCUCGGACGUUUCGGGCCUGUGAUCAACUGGGUCGGGGUAGUCUACUGCGCAGUGACCACUGUCUUCUUCUUCUUCCCCUCCGCACCCAACCCCGCAGUGGCCGACAUGAACUACGCCAUUGCUGUUUUUGGCAUCAUGCUUGUCGUCACACUUGUGUUUUGGGUCAUCAAGGGCCGAGUCACUUAUCUCGAGACUGAGGAGGCGCAAGGGAACAUUAUCUAUGCACAGAGGGCCGAGAGGGCCAACUAUGUGGAUAUCGUCGGCAAGUCAGAUACGGCGGCUCCGCAGCCGCAGCGGGUGGGCGAGGCCAGCGGUCAUUGA